AAGUGGGAAGUAAACAAUCAAAACUCCAUUUGUAACUCAGCACACUUUGGAGUGUCCUCACGAACAUCCAGAGAGAUGAAGAAGCUGAACAUGGAUUCUUGGAGAGAAAUGUUUUAUGAGAAGAUAGCGGAGGUGAAGCCACAAGACUAUUGGGACCUAAAGAUGCACCAGAACCUUGAUUACAAUGACUUGGGACCUGGUUGGAAACAAUCACUGCAAGAACAUGCAUUUGCCAGCUUCCAGUGCUCAUCUUGCCAGCAUUUCUGGUCAUCAGUUCAAGUGGUUAUUCUGUUCCACAUGUACCUGGACCAGCGCAGGAGACAAGGCUGGGUGAAGAUGAGAGUCUUCAGACAAGAAUGUUAUGAGUGCUCCGAGGGUAAGUUAGAAGAGCCAAAUUUCAAGGAGGAAAGCGUCCAGAAGGUCUUGGAGAACUUGGUCAUCAGCAUUAGAGAGAAAUGCUAUGGAGAGUAUGUGGCCCAGUUAUCUGAGGUUACAGUGAUAGGACGGCACUAUGGACCACAUCGGAGUGACCAUUGUGAGGCUUGUCGGUUGGGAAUACAUCAGAAGCCCAAACACACGAGGUAUUAUGGAAGACCCAAAGACACAGUGUACCAUGGGACAUCCAAAGACACAAUGCCACCAGUUCAGCUACCAUCACACAAUUUACCCCAGGACACGAUUUGCGUUAUUGUUCUCCUGUUUGAAAACUUCCAGUUGGCUAAUCAAGGAGCAGAAACAAUACCACAUGACUUAGGUGACCAACCACACACCAGGAGUAUCAAAUGGCUAAAACGAACAGUUUGUGAACAGUCCAAGAGACUGAAAUUAUUUGUCUGGACUAUUUGGCAAAUCUAAAUAACCAACACGUUGGAUCCAUGAACCUAGAAAGGAGCUACGUUAAUAAUGAACAUGAUUCGUGACGACUUAUGCAGAUGGCUCCAUCUGUUACCUUCCUGCUUUUUAAGGCAUUUGACAUUGAAAACUGAACAAGGAGAGAGACUGGAUUUAGCAACUGAACUAUUUGAGGAAAGAUGGGCCAAAGGAAAUGAGCUAAUUCAAAAGAGAAUCAUAGCAAUGUCAGGCUGGAGGGGAACUCAAGAGGUCAUCUAGUCCACCCCCACUCCCAUGCUAAGGCAGGAUAAAGUAAGCCUAGACCAUCCCGGAUAGAUGUUUGUCUACCCUGCUUUCAAAAACCUUCAGUGACGGAGAUUCCACAGCUCACUUGGCAACCUGUUCCAGCGCCUAGCUAUCCCUAAAGUUUUUCCUGAUAUCCAACCUAAAUCACCAUUGCUGCAAGCAAAGCCCAUUACUUGUUGUCCUACCCUUGGUGGACAUGGAGAACAAUUGAUCACCGUCCUCUUGCCUUGGACAGAGUUGAAGAGAGUUAUUACAUCUCCCUCAGCCUCCUCUUCUCUAGACUAAACAUGACCAAAAUCGUGGAUCCAACUUUUACAAAAACGAUAUGUAUCCCUAAUGCAUCUCAUAACACCGACUGCUUCGCUGUGAUGUAGUCAGUUACCUUUUGUGUUUGUCACCCUUUUUUCCCCUUGUGCAGGAAAUGAAUUGUUCCGUCAAUAAUUGUGUGUCUCUUUAAAAAAAAGUAAGUAACUGAAAAAGCCAAGGUGAUGGGGAAGCUUAGUUGCUGUCUCUUUAAACGCCAUAAUGCAGGUUGGGUAGUUACAAAGCCACAUGUGUAAUGUUGUGGUUAACAGUGAAGCAACUCUUCGGUUUGCCCUUGAAAUGGGUUGUUCCUGUUGACUAAUAUACGCUGACUAGCAUACUUACAUUUUAUGCUGGUA